CCGCUCCACAAUCCCCCAUGGAACAUCCCCGCAGAACGUCCCGAUGCUCUCAAUAUACGGCGGGGUUGUGCUGUGGGGCGGGACGUUGUGGGGCAGAGAUGUCUAAUUGCAAGUUGAAACUGUGUUAGAAAGUUAUGAGAUGAUGAAAGUAUCAAAUUUCAGGAGAAGUUUUAGCAAUUUACAAAAACUGCAAGGGAGGUUUUGGCAAUUUAUCCAAAAGGAAGCCGUAUAAGAGAGCGAGAGGCCACGGCCCACGGGUAAAGAUAGAAAAGAUUUCAAUUCAGCAGAGAGGCAAAGCUCAUGACCUGCGCAUUAAGCAGGAUAAGAUGCCAGGCCCUCAUCAGCCCUGUAAGUGCCUCAACUUCUUGAGCUCUUCCGUCCCGCUAAACUUCAGCGCUGCUCGAAAAAUCAUUCAGAAUAGAGAAAAUUCAAGUACCCCCAAAUUUGUGGUUUCAAAGACCCCAACGCUCUUCUCCGUAUCCGUCACAGGGUCUCCCAAAAAUCUAGUUUUCCUUCCGAAAUCUCCAUUUUGUAGAAAAACCCAUGUCUUCCUUUGCUCUUCCAAUGAUGAAUUUGAAACUUCCCGGGGUACCCAGGUCUCAAAUAAGCCCGAAAGUGAGAGACUUGAAGAAAUGGAAGAGCUUGAAUUGCUCGGAAAGCCUGCUCUGAUAACCGUAAGAAAUGCUUCUGUCGAAGAAGAAAAAGUUGCUGAACCUCGUAAGCCUGAGGAAGAUGAGGCUUUAGCUCCCUUUUUGAAGUUUUUCAAGGCUAGAGAUUCGUUAGAGCAAGGGGAAGUGAGUGAAUUAGAAGUAACUGAUGAAGAGGUUAGCGAAGAGGAGCGGGAGGAGAAAGAGGAAAACAAGAAGGUCAGUGUCGAGUAUUACGAGCCAAAACCGGGUGAUUUUGUCGUCGGUGUAGUUGUGUCGGGCAAUGAGAAUAAGCUCGAUGUGAACGUCGGAGCAGACCUUUUGGGUACAAUGCUGACUAAAGAAGUGCUCCCUCUCUAUGACCAAGAGCUACCCUAUCUAUUAUGUGACAUGGAAAAGGAUUCCGAGGAGUUUAUGGUUCGUGGGAAGAUGGGAAUUGUCCAGGAUGAGGAUGCAAUGAGCGGGGAACCAGUACCAGGGAGACCUGUAGUCGAGACAGGGACUGUUCUCUUUGCUGAGGUACUCGGACGAACACUUAGUGGACGGCCUUUGCUGUCCACAAGACGACUCUUUCGGCGGGUGGCAUGGCAUCGAGUGAGGCAGAUAGAACAGCUAAAUGAGCCCAUAGAAGUUAAAAUCACAGAGUGGAACACGGGUGGUCUCCUUACAAGAAUUGAGGGUUUGCGAGCAUUUCUUCCUAAAGCUGAGCUGAUGGGUAGAGUUAACAACUUUACAGAGUUGAAAGAAAAUGUGGGUCGCCGGAUAUUUGUACGGAUUACUAGAAUAGAUGAAGCUAAUAAUGACUUAAUAAUCAGCGAAAGAGAAGCUUGGGAAAUGCUAUACCUCCGAGAGGGAACACUGCUAGAAGGGACGGUGAGGAAAAUUUUUCCUUAUGGAGCACAAAUAAGAAUAGGCGAGACUAAUAGAAGUGGAUUGCUGCAUAUCUCAAACAUUACUCGUGAACGAAUUACUUCUGUAGAUGACUUGUUAACAGUGAAUGAAAAAGUUAAAGUUCUAGUGGUGAAAUCAAUGUUUCCUGACAAAAUAUCAUUGAGUAUAGCGGACCUUGAAAGUGAGCCUGGUUUGUUUGUAUCAAAUAAAGAGAAAGUAUUCUCUGAGGCUGAAGAGAUGGCAAAGAUGUACAGGAAAAAGCUACCAGCUGUUUCUGCAACUCGUAAGUUAGAUCCCCUUCCAACUGAUGUUCUUCCUUUUGAUGAUGAAGCAAGAUUGUAUGCCAACUGGAAGUGGUUCAAAUUUGAAAGAUGUUAAUGAAGCAAACUGACCCACAAGUUGGUUUGGCUGUGAAACGUUUAAGGCCUUGCAUGCUUGAAAUGACUAAAAAUGGCCUUCUUCAAGUGAAGAUUGUAGAGGAGUAUGCCUGUACUCCCUGAAUUUAGUGGGCAAGCGUAAAUGAAACGAAUAGAAGCAGAGUAUGAGUUGCGGUGAUUACACCCUAAACAUGAGUUCUCUUGACUGGAGUGAUCUCUUACGACAUACAUUAUUAAAAGGUUGAAAAUUCUUUUGUACGUAAUGCCCAUUACAUCUCUCUUAGUUACCAAAAAAAGGCCCAUUACAGAAAUUGUUGCCUUCUACAUUCUACUACCUAUUAUUGCAUCCGUCUUCUUUCUUCUUUUCU